AUGGCCGAGAAGCAGAAGGAAAAGCAGGCGGCGGGAAACGCUGGAGCCGCGGAGAAACCGGCUGAAGGUUCUCCGACUGUCACCGCUCCGCAAUCUCCUGUGACGACUCCUGCGGAGAACACUGCUGCCAAAUCUUUCGCCGGGAAGUUCGAUCCGAAAGCAAUUGCUAAGAAGGCUGCACCUAGUUCGAACGGCGCCGGUGCACUUGGCAUGGUUGUUGAGGUGCCGGUAACUGCUGCUAAUUCGCAAGCUGACCAGACGAACACUAACGUUGUUGCUCCUACUACAGCACCGCAGUCUCUCCGUCCAUUGAAAGUCGGUCGUAACGUCAACGGUUUCGGCCUUGGAAGCAAGACCGCAGAUACCGAAAAACCCGGAAACAAACGAGCCCUUGAUUUCGAGGACGAUGAAUCUUCGCGCAAAAAGCUGGGGAAGCUACCCACUCUCUUACCAGACGAUUCUGGAACUCGCGAUGAUACUGCGCUCGCUAACGAUGCUGUUGAAGAAGGCAAUAAUGAUGCCGAUAUGGCAGAUGGCGGAGACGAAGAGGAGAACCUCGCCGCUAUGCGUGAAGCUGCGGCAAAGCGUGCCGAAGCUGAAAAGGGAGACCAAGACGAGAAGAACCCUUCAACAAGGUCCGAUGGGGAUGUCCAAAUGUCUGAUGCUCCUGAAAGUGAACAAGCUGCUCGUACCGCGUCCGAUCCUCAAACCAGUAAGAACGAGGAAGAAGAUGAAGAAGAUCCGCUCGACGCGUUCAUGUCUGGUCUCGACAAAUCACUCAACGCGCCAAAGAAACCUGUCAAAUCUCUCGCUCGCUCGGGACAGAAAGGUCCUGAACUCAUGCUUGACGAUGAAGGCGAACUCGCCGUUGAUGAAGAGGCUAGCCCGGAGGAUAUCCUCGCGAUGGCCCAGAAAAAGGCGAAGCAGAAGGAAGUUGUCGACGUCGACCAUUCGAAGAUGAACUAUUCGGACGUCCGCUUCAAAUUUUACACCGAACCCGAAGAACUGGCAGCGAUGUCAGCUGAAGAAGUGGCAAGCAUGCGUUUGGAACUUGAUGGAAUGAAAGUCUACGGCCAGCAGCCUCCCACGCCCAUUCAGCAUUGGGCCCAGUCUGGGUUAUCAAUCAAAGCCUUGGAUGUGAUCAACAGGCUCGGAUUCGAGAAACCUACACCCAUCCAAGCGCAAGCUAUCCCGAUUAUCAUGUCCGGCAGAGACGUCCUGGGUGUUUCUAAAACAGGAUCUGGCAAGACUCUGGCCUUCGUUCUUCCCAUGUUCAGGCAUAUCCUUGACCAACCUCCAGUUGGUGAUCGCGACGGUCCGAUUGGUAUGAUUAUGGCUCCUACGCGUGAACUGGCCAAUCAAAUCUACCGGGAAAUCAGGCCGUUCGCCAAGGUGUUGGGCCUCCGCGUUGUGGUAUGCGGUGGUGGCGCGCCAAUUAAAGACCAGAUUGCCGAGCUUAAGAAGGGCGCAGAGAUUGUUGUGUGCACGCCAGGACGUAUGAUUGAGCUGUUGGCUGCGAAUAGCGGCCGUGUCACCAACCUUAAUCGGAUCACGUACGUUGUGCUUGACGAAGCUGACCGUAUGUAUGAUAUGGGUUUCCAGCCCCAGAUCGCAAAGAUUGUCAAAAAUGUCCGGCCUAAGAGACAGACCGUUUUGUUCAGCGCUACAUUCCCCAAGGCCAUGGAGAAGCUUGCGAAGGAAGCCGUGAGCCCAACUGCGAUACAAAUUGUUGUUGGCGGACUCUCGAAGGUGGCUCCCGAGAUCACACAAAUCGUUGAGGUCAGAGAAGAAGAAUCCAAGUUCCACCGUCUUUUGGAAAUUCUUGGAGAACUUUAUGAUAAAGAUGAGGAAGCAAGGACUCUUAUUUUUGUGGAACGUCAAGCAGGUGCCGAAGACUUGUUGAACAUCCUGUUGAAGAAAGGAUAUUCUUGCGAUUGCAUUCACGGUCGUAAGGACCAAGAAGAUCGCGACUCGGUUCUUCAUGACUUCAAGAAUGGCGCCGUUCCCAUCUUGAUUGCCACAAGUGUCGCGGCACGUGGCCUGGAUGUCAAGCAGUUGAAGCUCGUCGUCAACUACGAUGUGCCGAACCAUUUGGAAGACUACGUGCAUCGGGCCGGUCGAACUGGGCGUGCUGGUCAGAAGGGUACGGCAGUAACAUUCAUCACUCCGUCCGAAGACAGGUUUGCCCGGGACAUAAAGGUUGCUUUGCAACAAUCGGGACAACCUAUUCCAGAGAAGCUUCAAGAACUUGUCGACCAUUUCGGGGAGAAGCUGAAGGCCGGUAAAGAGAAGAUCUACAAGGGCGGCUUCAAGGGCAAAGGCCUUGAACAUCUCGACAAGGACCGCGAUUCCGAGCGUCAACGUGAGCGGAAGGCCUACAAGUCUGGCGAUGACGAGCAAGAAGAGGAGAAGGAAGAGAAGGAGUCCGAGAUUGUCAUUAAGGCGGCUGGUACUUCGACCGCCCAGCCAGCAGGCGUGCCUAAGGGCAUCAACCUCGACGGUGAGAUCAUCGUUCACAAGCGCGAAGUGCCUCCUCCCGGCGCCAAGACCGACAACCCGAUGGAAAAGGUUAGACAGGCAGUCAACAAUAUCGGCGACCGCCUCAACCAGAGAAACCAGCUCCGGCCAGGUCAACCUAUCGACAACAAGGGUCCGGACGCAGGUGCAUUCCAUGCGACUCUUGAGAUCAACGACUUCCCACAGAAAGCCAGGUGGGCUGUCACCAACCGCACAAACGUUGCCAAGAUUCUUGAAGCUACUGGCACAUCCAUCACCACCAAGGGCAAUUUCUAUGGCCCAGGCAAGACGCCGGCCGAGGGUGAGCCGCCAAAACUCUACAUCCUGGUCGAGGGCGAGACCGAGGUUGUCGUGCAGACGGCCAUGCGCGAGCUUAUGCGCCUUCUCAAGGAAGGCACGAUUGCGGCAGAACACACCGAGGCCAGGCCUUCGGCCACGGGUCGGUAUAGCGUUGUUUAG